GUAGAUCCAGCAGUUCUGCGAAUUAUUAGUACUCGACACUCUACCUGCAAAUCUGUUUCGACUACAAAAUUGCUGGUCGGAUCGAACAAAAAACGAAGACUGCAGGCAGGGCAGUAACCUUUACGGCUACUUAUCUGGUAAUAGUAAUAGUUGGACGAUCAAGAGAAUCGAAUUGUUAAAUAACCGCGUGUUUACGAUUGUUUCACAAUGUCAGGGAAAGGAACACGCGAAGCACCAUCGUCGAUGACCACUGGGGUGCCAUCGUUUCGACCGAUCGAAGAGUUCGUCGCUGCAACUGGCCGAUUUGAAGUACCGAACAUCCAGAAUACCGACGCUUGGGCCAACAAAGUGCUUGGCAACCUACUUUAUUUCCAGGCCAACUACCUAGUUGUGCUCUUAGUCUUUUUCGUUCCCUUGGGAAUAUUCUAUACGUUUGACUUUUUAGUAUCGCUCAUGUCUGUAGCAGCCAUCAUAGGUGGACUCAAGCUUCUGGAAACCUCACAGGCAUUAGUUCACACGGUAACACGCGGCCAUCCUCUGCUUUUCUUGAUCGUCUCGUUGGCUGGCGCGUAUUUGAUUGUGAUAUAUGUGGGCAAUUUAGCGGUUUAUUUUUGUGGCGUUGUCAUCCCGCUUUUUGCCGUUUUUGUACACGCAUCGCUCCGCUCGCGCUUUUUCCGCACUAAAUCGAUUAGCCCCCAGGACCGGGCGACUGCAAUGGCUUCACCAAUGGGCAUUGUGCUUAGGCAACUGGGCGAGUCCUUUGAGCAGCUUACUAUAUUGAACUGACGGUAACAGCAGCGAAUACAAACAACUAAUCACCUAUCCAAUACCAGCCGUUGUCGGUCUGAUUGCGCCCAUAUUUGUAUGCAACUAUGACAGUAAUCAUAGGGCAGUUUGAACUCGCAUUAAUUUCGACGGCAUUAACCUACGAACUUGAUAUAUCAUGCACAAUAUCGGUACAAUCUGCCUCGUAAACCUGUACGAGGAUUCCGGCAUGGACUUCAACUGCGUGCGUAAGUGUGGUAUCACCAGCAAAGAUAUGCUGUUUCCCCCCUGACGAACUAUGUACGUCUUGGUACUGUGUUUUUGUUUGCGCGGUGACCUGUGCUGAUGAAAAGUGACCUAUUAAAAGCAAAUGAAUUGAGAUCUUUUCUUUUCGAGGUACCUUCGA